GCUGCACAAGCUUGCACGCCAGCUCAAAGCAGCGGAAAUGCACGCUGCGCAGGGGCGUUUACUGUGCCGUCACAGCGUCUGCGAUGGCUACAGCAGAAGCGCAGCCGCGAUGUGUGGCUGCCCAACCAACGAGUUGUGACCGGCCAUUGGUAUGGGCGUGGCGAACAGUCUCCCCAGACGCCGAACCCGCUGGCCAGCACGUGUCGCCCCUGCGAGCUCUGCUCACUUCCUCACUUGGGCACGCUUCUCUUGAGGCACUGCUAAAGCACGCAGCGGAGUGCGCAGCGGCGGAGGGAGGCGGGGCCGGCAGUAGCAACAGCAGCGCAGAUGCCGAGCGGGCGCCCGCUACCUGGCAAUCGAUCUUUGGCGACGUGGAGGAGGACGAUGGCGACGCGGGCUCGUCGGACGCCGCCACAGCGGCUACUGCCGCCAUCGAGCCAAAGCACCUGCUGGCGGCGCUGCUGCAGCCGCGGGGGCACGUCCCCGGUCUUGACGCGGCCUGGCAAGACGCCGGUGUCGACGUGGCGGUAGUUGUGGACUACCUGAUGGGGAGGACGCCGCCGCCGCCGCGCUCCGUGACACAGUCGGGCGGCGGCGCGGCGGGAAUGAGCACGGGCGAGGGGGCGGAAGGGGAUGAGCCACUGGGGGCUGCCAGCGUCAGCGCCUGGAGAGGCCUGGACUCAGCCAUGCAGGGACUGGAACAGCGCACUGCGGACCUGGCCGCGUGCGGCUAUGCCGCCUCGGGCGCGGCCCAGCUGGUGCUGCUGCAGGCGUACCGCUGGGCCCUGCGCACUGGCGCCUCCGCGGUGCGGCCAGCCCAUGUGGCUGCGGCGCUGCUGACAGACGCCUGCCUGCCCCGCUUCCGCAGCGGCUUCGCCAGCCACCCGCCCGCGCAGGCGGCCCUGGAGCUGUUCGCAGUGCUGCCGGGCGCCGCGUGCCACCGGGCGCUGUUGGCGGUACAGGCGGAGAUGGCAGCUGCCGCAGCGGAAGACAGCGGCAGCGGUGGCGGCCAGCCACCCGUACCUGCCGCCCCAACGCCAGCACCCAUGACAGCUGUGGCUGCAGCUACUGCCGCACGGGAGCUGCUGCUCGGCUACAGCCGGUCUGGGCUACUGCCGUCACGUGCCGCCCUGGAAGCCAUCGCAGGCUCCCUAGCCCAGGCCGCAGGGCCCCAGGAGGCUGCCGCCGCCGGAGGCGGAGCGGGCGGUGGAGUCGGUGGAGGCGCUGGCCAUACUGGUGUGGCUGCUCUGCACACGCACACGGGCCAGCAGCUGCCUGCAGCCGUCCAAUUGCUGUGCACCUGCGCGGCGCUCGGCUACCGCCUGCCUGCCGCGGCACUGCCAGCACUGCUACUGCCGGACCAGCAGCAGGUGGCGCGGAGCAGCGGUAGCAGCAGCGGUGCUCCCAGUAGCAGUAGCAGUAGCAGCAGUAGUGAUGCUGAUGGUAGUGGAAUCGGGCCAGUGGCCUGGCUUACGCCACGCUGCCUGAACGAGUGGCUGUCGGCUCUUGCCGCACACGGCUUUGCCCCUGCGCCGCGCAGCCUGCGCGCUGAUGACGGUGACAUCCAACCCACCGCCACGCGCAUCACCAGCACCAGCACCGCCAGUUGUGGCGCCACCUGCAGCACCAGCGGCGCCCGGGCACCGCCUACGCAGCGCUGCUGGCCCUGGCUGGAGCAGGGCGUCAUGUGCGCGCUGGCCACCGCCUCGGCCUGGGAGCUGGCGGCACUGGCGGCGCGGCUGGCGGCACUGGCCACAGCGGAGCCCAGCUGGACCCGGUGUGCGGCCCGCGCCACCGAGCUGGCUGCGCGCUGCUGCCUGGCGGUCACGCCGCUGUGGAACGGCAACCGAAUCUACGCCGAUCUCAUCAACACGGCAGACGCCCUGCUGGACAUGGUGCAACUGGCGGCGGCGGCGGCGGCGGCGGCGGCGGCGGCUGACAACGCAGCGGAGGGCGGCAGCGACACUGGCGGCAGUAGCACUGGCGGAAGCACUGGUAGUACCGGUGGCGAAGCGGAAGCCGGGGACGUGAGUAGCUGGGUGGCGUUUUGGGCGGCACUGGAGCUGCCGCACGCCGCGGCGCGGUGGCGGCACAAAUUGGCGGCACGGCUGCACAAGUCCGGAUACGGCGGAGAAGACGCGGCGGCGGCAGUAGCAGCUGCUAACUCCGGCGGCGGCAGUGGCAGCGGCAGAGCUGCAGCAGCUGUAGCUACAGGCGGGCUGCUCCGGCGGCCGCUGCCUAGGGAGCCGGAGUUCCCGAGCUUUGAGCAGGCGGGGGUCCUGCUGGGGCAGGCCGUGGAUCUUGCUGCCACUGCGGGCCGUUGGGACCAAUGGGGAGCUGGGAACGCCGGCGAGCUCAGGGCCCGUGUGCAGCAAGGGAACGAGCGGCAGCAUGGGCGGGAUGGGGAGCAGCGGCUGCUGCCUGUGGGGCUCGUGCUCAACCUGCUGGCGGUACUGCAGCUGCAACUGCGCACGUGCGCGGCGGGCCCAUGGCAGCUGCAGCAGGUGGCGGCGGCGCUGCAACGCUUGGGCGCCUUGACGUCAGCAGCUGGUGGCGUUGCGGCCGAAGGGGGACAGGCGGCGACGGCGGCAGCGGAGGUGGCGGGGGUGAUGGCAGCGGCGGAGUCCGCCUCGCUGCGGUCCGUGCUGCACAGCAGACACGUGGCCUGGCUAGCCGCCGCACACUCCGCGUACGCCCUGGAAGCCGACAGUUCUAUAAGCGGCGACAACAAGAAUGACCGUGGCAGCAGCAGUGGCAGUAGCAGCGCCGCGGCAGGGCUGGCACGGCUGCUUCCCUCGCUGGUGCUGGGGCAGGUGUACCGCAGCUGGGCGCCCGACCUCACGCCGCCUGUGGCUGCCGCGCUGCACGCGGCCUGCCGCCAACAGGCCGCCAGCGGCGGCAGUAGCAGCAGCGGUGGCAGUAGCAACGGCGGCGGCUGUAGCAGCAGCAGCCUCCCUCACGGCUGUGAGCUGCUGGACCCGCAGCAGCAGCCAGCUCCUUGUCCGGUGGGGCUGGGGGGCGCCUGGGGUCGCUGCCUGGCGCGGCUGCACUACCCGCUGGCGGGGGGCGAUGAUGAACAGCAGCCGCGGCAGCGGGACGCAGCGGUGGGCGCAGGGACAGGAGCAGGAGCACAAGCAGAAGCAGAGGUGGGCGGAGGAGCAGCGGCAGCUGUCCCAGCGCAUGUUCCGUACGGCGCGGCGUCAGAGCGGCUUGGCAUCCGCACUCUGGCGAUGGGCACAGGCGGCGGAUCGUCCAGGACGACUGGCAACAGUGGCACUGGUGGUGGCGCCGUGUGCUAUCAGGCGGCCCGGCCCUACCCUCCCACAGGCAACCUGCCCACGCUGCCGCCGCUCUCCCACCGUCAGCGUCAGCGCCUUCAACAGCACCUGCGCCAGCUGGCUGGCUUCGGCGGCAGACUCCGGGACAGCAGGGCUGCACUGCUCUCGCAGACAAAAGACGAUGUUGGCGUCGCGGGCUUCAUGGACGCGGGGUGGUGUGGUGGGCUCACGCCCGGCAUGGCUGUUGCCUUGACGCAUGCCGCCCUUGCAGCCGCAACCGAUAGCAGCAGCGAAGCAAACACCACCACACCAUCCACAUCAGCGACGGGAACGCCCGUGCCUGAGCCGCACGUGGUGCCGCCGGGGUCGAGGCCGCGGCGGCUGCAGCUGCCGGACGCUGACACAGUGGCGCUGGCGGCGGCGCUGACGCGGGAGCUGCCGCCGGACUGGCUGCGGGCGGAUGAGAUGUGGCUGCUGCACGUGACGGACCGGGAUGCGGGGAUGCGCCAGCGGCUGCACGCCGCUGGCGCUGGCGCCGGUGGCUCUGGUGCAGAUGCGCUUGAGAGGCAGUGGGCGCAGUGGCUGGCGGCGGCAGGGGACGUGCAGCUGGCGCGAGUGAUGCCGGCAGCGGCGCAGCAGGGCCUACAAGGACGGCGGCCGGAAACCCCCGCUGCGGCCAGCACACCCGCCGCUUCCAGCGCCCCCCUCUCCGUCACGACAUCCGCGGCGCUGCCGCUGGUGCUGGUUCCUUCGCACACGCCCCCCAGUGCGGUGCGGCCGCUGCUGCCGCCCGUGUGCCGCCUGGAGCUGCUGCUGGCGCGGCGGCGGACACAGGCGGUGCAGACAGUGCUGGCGCUCAUGUGGCAGGGUGACUGGUACCGAGGUGACGCCGCCAGCCUGGCUCGCUUCAGCGCCUCUGAGCUGCUGUACGUGCUGUGCGCCCUGGUGCGGCUCAAGGAGGAGGAGGAGCUGGAGGAGCAGCCGCUGGGCUGGAUGGCGGGCGACACGGCAGCAGACGCCGUGCUGGACAUGCUGGCCUGCCCCACACACGCCCACCUGCUGGCGCACCCCGGCGUGGCCUGGGGCGUGGGCGCGGCGCAUGCAGCUGCUACAGCCCCAGGGGCGUCUGCCGGGGCGGCGGCUGCUACAGCCGGCGCCUAUGUGCCGUCGGACCUGGCGGCAGAGAAGCGGGUGCGGGGGCAGAAGCUGCUGGAUGCGGCGGCGGAUGUGGACGAGUACGCGAGCAGGGUCCUGCAAGCGCUGCAAUUCCUGGCGGCCUCCGGCGGCGCGGCCUCAGGUGUGCUGGGUGGCGGGCGGCUGGACCCCUACCGCCCCCUGGCUGCUCAGGGAGACGCCCUGGCUGGCUUCGAGGCACAUACCUGGCUGAUCGGCAGUAGCAGCAGUAGCAGCCAUGAGGGCAGUGGCAGUAUCAGCAGUAGCAGCAGGAAUGCUGCGGGGAGCAAGUUCACGGGCGGUGGGCCAGAGGUGGGGGCGGCGGUAGAGGGCGUGAGCAUCAGGGGGCUGCGGGCGCGGCGGCCGGAAGGCGGGGAGGCGGCGGCGCGGAGGUGGGCGCAGGUGCUGGGCAGCGUGGAGGGUGUGGCGUCGCUGCGGUGGGCACUGCGGGCGUGGGGACACGAUCCGGACAAGUGGAUGGCGACGUCGCGGUGAGCUGUGUGAGGGAUAUGCUCGCAGACGACGGAAUGGCGGUGGGUCGUUUGUGGAUACGAGAAGUGCGACGGGCAAGGAUGGCCCGGGAAUUCGGGUGGAGGCCGUGCAUGGGCAUGUGGCUAAACGCACACAAGCCCUGACAUCGGUUGGAGGGGGAGAGAGGCUGAGAGGGGGAGCAAACCUGCGAAUGCUGGCACUCUCCGCACAAGCUCGACCUACCUCGACUCUGUGGUGAAAGGGGAACGGGGGUGGGGAACGGGUGUGCAUCACACCACCAGUCACCGUGUGUUAAAAAUCAAC